UGGUUGAGGAGGCGCAGGGCGCACAGCUGCAGCCGCUCCCGCCGCCCCGGGCUGGCGGUGUCCAACAAGAAGACGGCGCUAGGUGAGCACGCCAUAGCGGGCCUCGCCCGCAGCCCCUCACGGAGCGGCCAUCCCUACGCGCCCACCACCGCCAUCAUCCUCUCCAACCGCUCGCGCGCUCUCACUGUGCGCUCUCAUUGGCCGCCGCCACGAGCCAGCCCCCUCCGCUUCUCGUUUCUCAUUGGACCGCUGACGCAGCGUGGGGAGAGCGCGCUUGCGCGGUGAGGCGCCCGCGCUGUGCGCCACCAGGUGAGGGCGGAGCGGAAGAGCGGAGCGAGGGCGGCCAUUGGAGAUGAGUUCUCCGCCCAUUAGCCAGCGGCCGUUCGCAGAGGGGUGAAGAGUGGCGUUCCAUUGGCCAGUGUCCGUGACGCAUUGAGGAGGGGUGGGGCCAGUGGUGCGAGCGAGCUGAUUGGUCGCUGCUGCAAAUUUAAAAUUUAAAGGCGGGAGGGAGCGCGUGACCGUGACGUCACUGUUGUCACCUCCUCUCGGGCAGAUUUGGGUGCAGGAGCCCUCGGGGGGCGAUGGGAGCUUCGCGGUGCCCGCCUGCAGUCCCGGCUCGAGCAGCCCGCCCAGAACCAGCGCCUGUUAUAAAGCAACGGAAGUGGUUGGCUGGGGGGAAAAAAUAGAAACCUCGGGUUCACAGCCUGAGAGAGGGGAGCUCAAAGUCUGCCAAGGACAGGGAAAUAUAGACAACUGAUCACAAAUAUGAGUGAAAAAAAUGGCAAUUUAGGCACAAGUUUGCUGCACAUGAGAUAAUGUACCCCAUAAGUGGCCUAGGAAGCGUCCUGUAAGUGACCUCUAGACUCAUUCAGGGCUGGUCACACACCAAAAACAUGCCUGUGGGUAUGGUGGUAACGAGACAGCAGCUGUCACUGUCAAAUCUGGACUCUUCUGUCCAUAACACACGUGCCCAGCAAAGUGGGACCGGUUAGAAACUGCAAGGACCGAUUUGUGAACAGCCAUGCAUAAAUAAUGCGCUUCUGUUUGGGGGUGCUGCUUUGUGAUCGAUCCUAAGCAUGGAAUGCUGCCGAAUUAAAACAGGCCUUUGUGUGGGUUCCAAAUCUGUGAGCAGUGUUAAUGAGCUGGAACAGGGCUGGGGCUGUCCCACUGAGAGCAAGGAAGGACCCUGGCUAAGCGGGCAGCCCAAGGUACCCAGCCUGGCUCUUGCACCAUCGCUCCCUUGCUGGCCCCAUGGCUCCCUUGCUUGCCCAAGGCCUGUCCUGUGGGCCAGGAGCCGUGGCCAGGCCCCAGGAGCUGUUGGGGCUGCUCUCAGCCCCAUACAUCACUAGCAUAUGCCAGCCCUGACAAAAAGCCUUUAAGCCGUCACUGCCACUAUUGGCAGCUGGCAUCCGUCCCAGCAGCCUGAUCAGGACACUCAGCACAGUGUGACUGAAACCACCUUACCAUGGGCUGCCUGGGACCAGACACACAGUCAGGGCAUGGGGACAGCGUGGCAGUUCCCACUGUGGCACCCUACAGCCCUGCUCUGGUGACAGCCACCUCCCUUCUCCCCUUGCUGCUCCCUCCCUUCCCGCUCCAGGUGUUUGCUCCUGCAGCUGAUCCAGCUCUCAGGAAAGCCACAGGAGAUAGCUGAGCCCCAGGAAACCUGCUUGUUUGGCAGCUGGAGCUGCUCACACAACUCCUUGUCACACUGUCCUGCUGCUCACUGGAUCGUUCGCCCUCUCCGCCCACUCCCCAAGGACACCACUGACUUCUCUUUCCACCAGAGCCACUGGGCUCUCACUGGGCAAUCAUUUACUUGCUGAUAAAUGCAGUUUCAUGGGAAGAAGGGAAGGAUGCCAGAAAAAUCAUUUGUAGAUUGGGCUCACGUUUGGUUGGCACUUCGACUUGAAAAGUUUUGGUUUGGGGUUUUUGUUUGUUUGUUGGCUUGUUUGUUUGCUGUUUGGUUUUAUUUUUGUUUUUACUUAGAAAAUUCUUGAUCCAUUUUGACCUUUUUCCCAUGUUUCUGAGUGAUAUUUAUUGGCAAGCCUUGCUGCAUACAAAACCCCACACCUAAAUGAAAGAUCUGAUCUCCUGCUGUACGAACACUCUCUUCAGCCCCAGAGGAAAGUUUGUUUUCUGUUCUGCCGAGCCAGGCAGAAAGUUUUGUUUUGGAUUACCUCAAAUGCUUUGCUUACAGGACAUUUCUCAAGGACCUGCAUGAGAAAGAAGUCACCUGAGACACUGCACGAUGCCUGGGGACUGCCCUGUGCUGCAUGAAAGCUUUGGAUCCUCCCCACAUCCCCUCACUUUCCCCAUACUUUGUGCCCAGCAUUGCUGGUAGUGGCUGCUGUUCUUUUGCUCCUAAUUAUGGAGGAGCAAAUUGAGAGGACUGGAUGUGCUUGUUGGACAUUAAAGACUGCAGAGAUGGCUUUGGUGUUGUGAUUGCCUGCAAUUGAGGCAAAUUCCUUGUUUCUCUGUCUUAAUGGAUGAGAUCCAUUGCCAUCUGUUUGCCAACGUGAGCUCCAGCAUAAAUCCAGGAAGGAGCAGGAUAUUGUCCCACCACUCUCCCUCCGGACGAGGGUGAUCUCUGGCACAUACCUUCUGAGGUCACCUCUGGGACCAGAACUGGCAGAUAAGAUCUGCUGGGACAGUUCGCAGUGAACCAAGGAGUCCCCAUGCCCUCCUCUCCUGGGCAAAACUGCCCAGUGUGCUCCGGGCAAGAGGGAGGGAUUUCUGCACACUUUGGAUUUUGUGUUUAUGCCUCUCAAAUAUUUUUAGUGCUCAUAAAGUUGAGAAACUGGGAGAGACCCAGCUGGGACCAGUAUCGUACAACCCUCACCCAGAGCCUUCCCAAGGCAACCAGGACCUGCCCAGUCCUAUGUCCCAGAUCAGAAGGACAAAUAGACCUUUUCCAAGUCCCUGCACAACCCAGCUGAUUUCUUUAGGAAAUCUUGGGGGAGGGGAGGGAGAGGCAGAGUUGCCUCUCAGAUUCAUUUACAGUCACACUGAUGGGGAAGUGGUGGUGGCUGAAUCUCAAGGGUGCUAAUUGCUGUGAGGGACGGGAAGGGCAGCUUGCAAUGAAUCUGGUUUUAUGGAUACUGGAUGUGAUGGAACAACCCCGAUGUGGAGUUUCCAGUAUUGCCCAUUCAAGCAGCCUGAGAGCAGCUGCUACUGAAAGAGAUUCCCAAAUUAUGGGGGUACAAGCAGGUGAGGGGUGAGUCUUGAGUGCAAGCAGCCAGUGGAGCAUACCAGCUCCAACAGGCCAGUAGAAGCAUGGUGAUGAUCUGCAGAUUGAUAAGAAGGGGCCAUGCAAGGCAGUGCAGCAAGGUGAGACUAUCAGACCAGCGGAAAAGCUAUUAUCUUUUGUGCUCUGCCUGCAGAGGUUGGGGAGGGAGGCAGGGACAGAGCUACUGCCACAGAAUGGCGCAUGCAGGUCCUCCUGGGCUCUUCAGGAACAGGGCUUUGCACAUUUGGGAGACAUCACCAAUUCAGUGAGAACCCAGAUUGGAAAGUUUUGCAGUGUGGUUUCUUCUGCUGAAAUGUAACUAUACUGUGUAAUUGCUAGUGACUAUGCUAUCAGGAUAUAGCAAGUUCCUUUAUGUUGUAAAAUGCUCCUUUGUGCCUCUAUGUCUCCUUUCUCAAGAUUUCUAAGAGCUGCUGCAGGGCAGGGUUGAAGUCUGGUCCUGCCAUGAGGCUGUUAGGAGAACACACAACUAUCAACAGUGCUUCUGGCAGUCAGCGCUCCAGUAUUGCUUAGGGUUCAGCUUCUUUCUGGCUGAAGGUCUCAGUGUGUACAGCUGCAGCUGCCUCGCAGAAAUCACAGGUAAUGGGAUGCCCAGUGAACGUCACAUAGAUAGCUCAGCUGAGCAGCAGCACAGCUUGCCUGCUGCUCUACUCCCAGAUGACCCUACAUGGUACGCUUGUUGCUGGCUUCUUGUUCUGCCAUAGAGAAGUGUUUCUUGCACCUGAUCUGCAUUUCCAAGGCUUUUUCCAAAGCUCUGUAUGGGGCCCAAAUGUGAUCUGACAGUGAUUUUAUGUAGCCAUCAGUCUCUUCAGGAUCAUCCCCAGCAUUUUUCUGCCAUUUGUCAGUUUGAGAAGAAAGGAAACAAGAAAUAAUAAUCAACUCAAAUUAUUGCCUAAUCAACACAGAAAUCAGUGCUGCUUGCUCAGCCUGCAGGCCACAAUUAGAUGCCAUCAGCAAAUUCGGGCAGCUUGCCUGGGCUGCAGUCUUUCAUCUCUGGAAGACUGACAGGCCUCUCUCGGAUCUGCAGGCAGAGGAAGGAGCUGGGAUGCGUUUGAAGGACUUGGCUCGUGGGGAAGGAACACAUGGUUCAAAACCACAGAAAAAGGAAAGUUAUGUUUAAUAUAACACUAAAGGAAGCCCUGUGCUGGAGGAGGGGACAUUAACCCUGCAGCUGAGGGUUGUAGUGCCAUGCUCUCCAGCCCCCUCUCUGUCACCAUCUCAGGGCACUGCCCUGGUCCAUGCAGCACCAGCUUAGCUUGUCAAGAAGACAAGGUAGUUAAACCACCAGGAAAUGAUGAGACGUGUCAGUUCUAUAUCCCUGUAGAUAUACGGCAGCUUUGGCAAGGCCACUGCAUGCCUGUGCAUGAUCUUGACUUUUGGUUGGAAGCGCCUAUCUUCCUCUUCCUCUUGGGACUGUCCCACAGACUUUCUUCCCAUCAACAAAGAGCAGGGCCUGCGCCCAGUGACUCAGGCUGACUUGGUAUCCUCAGUACUGGUGUUGGGGAAGGGCAUGUGCAGAGCAGGACCAGUGGUGAGGAGAGAAGGAUGUGAUGCAGGCAGGGUGGCUGCCUGGGUGACAUGGUCAGGAUGUCUGGCCCAGGUCCAGGAAGGGGACAGGAAGAAGUGUGGGGCAGGACUGAGCAGGGGGCUGGACACCCAGGCUCCAUAGCUAGGAGUCCCGGGGAGGCAGGGCUCAUUACUGCAGCAAGCCGCUGGGAGAAGAGGUGCUGAAGACCUGUCUUUCCUCCCAGAGAGGAAGGAGGGUUAGAGCAGAGAGCAAGCCUGGAGCCUCCCGCGUCUGAAAUGUGAUCCUGCUGGAGGCACCUCCCUGGGCCCCACCUUGCGCUCCCCAACAUAUAUAUGUCACCCGCCAAGGGCACAGGGGACACGGACUGACACACUGUCAGUGUCAGGCAUCCCUGCAGAUGGAGCGGCCGAGGCACCAGGGGAUGGCAAAGAACACCUACAUGCGCUGGAGGCUCCCACUCAUCUGCCUCCUCUGGGAAGUGGCGAUGAUCAUCCUCUUUGGGGUCUUUGUGCACUUCGGCCCUGAAGCUGAUGCACACUGGGAGGAAGAGAAGCAUCAGAUGAACCUUACCAGUGACAUUGAGAAUGAUUUCUACUUCCGAUACCCCUCUUUCCAGGACGUUCACGUGAUGAUCUUUGUGGGCUUCGGCUUCCUCAUGACAUUUCUCAAGCGUUAUGGAUUCGGAGCUGUGGGAUUCAAUUUCCUCCUUGCUGCUUUUGGGAUCCAGUGGGCUCUCCUGAUGCAAGGCUGGUUCCACUCUUUCCAGAAUGGGAAGAUCCUUAUUGGAGUGGAAAACCUGAUCAAUGCUGAUUUCUGCGUGGGUUCUGUGUGCAUUGCCUUUGGAGCCAUCCUGGGCAAAACCAGCCCAGUACAGCUUCUCAUCAUGACUUUGUUUCAAGUCACACUCUUUGCAGUGAAUGAGUACAUCCUCCUCAACCUGCUUCACGUUAAGGACGCGGGUGGCUCCAUGACCAUUCACACCUUUGGAGCCUACUUUGGCCUCACUGUGACACGUUUCCUAUACAGACCCAACCUGGAGCAGAGUAAAGACAAGGAAGGCUCUGUGUACCACUCUGACCUCUUUGCUAUGAUUGGUGAGUCAGCCAUAACCUCUGCAGCAUUGGUAUAUGUGUACCACUCACUUGCAGAGAGCUGUUCCCUCCCAUGUCUCUGGGAAAACCAGACCAAAACCCAGAUUUGGGACCAAGAUCUGCAUCCCAGUUUUCAACACCUUGGAACUACUCAUCUCCCCUCACUAAUGGUUGGGCUGAGGUGGUGCCUGGGAAGACAAGGCAGCAUUUUGGUUCCUCUUCACUGCAAGCCCCUUCUGGUGCUGAUCCCAUCAUGGAGGGCACAGCUCUGGAGCAUCAUGACUAGGGAAUUUAACUUCGCUCCACAGAAACCUCCUGUAGAGUUCUUUUUUCAACCUCUAUAUUCUUUCUUUCCCCUUCUUCUUUUUUGCUCCCUCCUCCCCAUCCCACCAGGUACCCUAUACCUGUGGAUGUACUGGCCCAGUUUCAACUCAGCCAUUUCUGAACAUGGGGAUGCCCAGCAUCGGGCUGCCAUUAACACAUACUGUUCCCUGGCUGCUUGUGUUCUCACCACAAUGGCUUUCUCCAGCAUGCUGCAGAAGAAAGGCAAGCUUGACAUGGUCCACAUCCAGAAUGCAACGCUGGCUGGUGGAGUGGCUGUGGGCACCAGCGCGGAGAUGAUGUUGACCCCAUACGGCUCCCUCAUUGUUGGGUUCAUCUGUGGCAUUGUGUCCACAGUGGGGUAUGUCUACCUAACGCCUAUUUUGGAGUCCAAGUUGCACAUCCAGGACACAUGUGGCAUCCACAACCUCCAUGGCAUGCCAGGCCUUAUAGGGGGCAUUGUGGGAGCCAUCACUGCAGCUGCAGCCACAGAGGAAGUAUAUGGAAAGGAAGGGUUUAUCAAGGCAUUUGACUUCACUGGCAGCUACAAGACACGGACACCCAGCAUUCAAGGAGGGUUCCAGGCAGCCGGCAUUGUCGUUUCUCUGCUGAUGGCUUUUGCUGGGGGAACCCUUGUGGGAGCCAUCCUGAAGCUGCCCAUCUGGGGCGACGCGGCCGACGAGAACUGCUUCGAGGAUGACAUCUACUGGGAGGUGCCCGAGGACGAGGAGAGCGACGUGUACCACAUGCACAACCCCGACAAGGCCGCCUCGCCCUGAGCCGCCAUGCUGCCGGGCUGCCGCCGCCUCAGCGGGACGGUGGGGCUGCCCUCGGGGGCGGGAA